AUUCUUAUAACGAGUCCUUUUUUUAUUUACAAAAGUCAAUACAUUCCUCAAGAUCCAAUUUCAAUUUUUCAUCUAACUAUUCUCUAUCAUCUACAACAUAUUUCAUUCAGUCCUUAAAACAGUGCUUCUACUGACCCUUUUGUUCGACUUUUUUGGAAUUCUAACAUUGCAGAAGAUCAAAUGUAUGCAUUUAGGUAUCUAAGAAUGAAAAUCUCUCACUGUGGAAAGUUAAGAACAUUUUUUUUCUUUUCUAUAUGGACUAAAGCUUCCUUUUUAUGAGUUUUUAUUUCACUCUUUCCUUAGUGCUAACGUUAAGGGAUCUUCCCACUACUGUUUUUCGCGAACGGAUUUUUCCUAAAGCAAAUCAUAAGGCAAAAUUUUCUCUAAUUUUAAAAUCCACCUUACUCUUUAACAAUGUUCCUUAAUUUUUGCAUCUUGAUCAACUUCGUAAUAUCGCAAAAACGAGAAUGCAUUCAAAAUAAAUGAAUCUCUUUAAUGUAGGAAGAUCGCUUAACUACAUACCAAACUCUCUCGGUAAUAUUUAAAUUAAUUGAAUGCUAGAAUACUUGGAUUUCUUAUUCUUUCCUGAUCUAUUUGUGAAUGCCAAUGUUUUCAGUGGUAGAGCAAUUUUGUAUUGUGUAGGUGUAAUACAAGAUUAUCGGAUGAAAGGAGCAAGAAAGAUCUUCCAAUAAAAAUGUGUAUAGUGAGAAAGAAAUGACCAGAAACACUGCCGUGAAUUUGAAUUCGUACGCUGUCAAAAUUAUCUUACAAAGUAUUUUUAUCGAAUAUAUCGGUCACUUUAUCCUUCUUAAUUGGAGGAUCAAAAAAAUUUUCGCGACAAAUUUAUCAUGUUCUUAUGCGCUAUCGAGGCAAGGUUGACAACCUAUUAUGUUUGUUUUUCGUUAUUCGAAAGGCUUCGGUAAAGACCACAAGCGAAAUGGAGAAAUAUUUAUAAAUACAUGCUAAGUGCUAUAUUAUACGCACAAAUUAAGUCACGUCGAAUUUACAUCCAGAUCGUUUGGAUACAAUCGGCGUCUCUUUAUCAAACAACAGUGUGUUGUUGCAUCAACAACGCUCGUUGUUAACUCGAGCAAUUAUAAAUGUCGCUAGACAAUUAAUCCUGUACAGGAUAUACAUUUAUCAAUGUAGUAAACAGACAAUUCCUAGGAAUUGCCUAUGUUUAAAAAGAAUUUAAUGCCAAUCUGUGGAUCCUUAUGAUUUGUCUUCUUUGACAACGGAAGAUUCUAUACUUAUAAUCGAUGAUAAUGAACGUUCCAAUUCCACAGCAAUAUUAAUCGCGAGACCUAUUCGUAGGAAUCGAAAAAAUACACUAGUUUACGAUAUAAUUCGAAAAUUAUUAGUGUCGAUACUAUUACGACGAUCACCUCUGCUGACAGUAGGAUAAAUUGUUUAUAGUCUCCACUAUUUACAAGUCAUUAAUUUCAUAUGUAUGUUUAUUUUAUAUCUCACGACAUAACCACUUCAGGAAGUCACUGCGCAAUUCUGGCGAACAUAACAGUAUACAGAACAUUGGUACGAAAAAAGAAACGAUAUAGUGUCUACCUCUUUUUUCUCACCCUAUCUCUGUUUUGUCUGUUUUCUCCCAAUAUUAGGUCGAACGUCGUGUACCAUAAAAAUAGUACGAUUUUAUUUUCCCACUUAUAGUUUUCAUCAGGAUUAAAACAGGGAUAACUUCACAAUCUGCACUGACUGGUAAUGUGAGAUUUCAUUGUUACUAUAGAAUGUUCCUGAUGCUUAAGUAUGUUGUUUUUGUCGAUUCUUCGUAGUAUUCACAUCGGAACGUUAACGAACGUAUCACUAUUCUUAACUUAUUCACACUUGAACGGUCCCAUGAAUAUUUCACUAUGCAACACACCAGAAUAUACACUCUCGUUGUGAGUCAUCAUUCUCCCGAGUUUGAUUCGUCGUAAUGAGAAAAUUUUAGGAAUACUUGUUCCAGAGUGGUCUGACUGAAACUGUACUCUUCGAUGUCCAGUUCGAGUUUUGCUAAAUGAUUAAAUGUCGUUAAUUAAAACAAAAAAUUGUUUCGAAUUUUGAGGUAUAGGUAUAUAGUACUAUUACCUACCUUUCUCCAACUGCAUAAAGCACUCGGCCAGCGAGUUAACUGCUUGUUGGGGAACACCAAAAACUAAUCUGUCAGCGAAACUCUCCUCGAGGGUGGCGUCUGAGAACAGGCUGGAAACGAAUUCUUUCAAACUAUUAAUCCUGUCGCCAGAUGGUGUCGUAGGUGUACAAUCACCGCCCUGGAGUUUUAUCUCAAGGGUGUAUCCAGCACCGUAGAGAUUCUUCAAAUGUUGGGUAGAGCCAAUACACCUUAGUUCUCCCUUCACCAUUAUACCCACUUUCGAACACAGAGCAUCGGCUUCCUCCAUUGAAUGAGUCGUCAAAAUUGCUCCCCUACCACCCUACAAUAAACCGAUUUACUAUCAUGACCCGGCUAAAUCGUUCAACGAUGAUAGAAAGUAUUAUAUUUUGACAGAUACCUGAAAACUGGCUAGAAUUGUAUCCCAUAGGAACCUUUUCGACCUAGGAUCCAUCCCUGUGCUGGGUUCGUCCAUUAAAACGACUUUUGGACCGCCUAUCAUUGCCAUAGCGAAACUGAGUUUUCUUUUAGUUCCUCCGGAGCAUUCCUGGGUCUGUUUGUCCGCGUGUUCGUGAAUUUGUAAUCCGGACAGAUACAGAUCUACAAUUCUAUAAAAAAAAAAUACAACUCAACUUUACAGUUUUCUUAUCUUUAUAGACGUCGUUAAAAAAUGAUCUCUAACCGGUAAGGUAAAAAGUACAGUACCUGCCGAUGUCUCCCCAUGGUACACCACGUAUGGCAGCGUAACAUUCUAAGUGUUCCCUGACAGUGAUAUUUUUCCACUGAGCAUCGUGUUGAGGACAGUAGCCCAUCUGUCUGAAAGCCUCUGACAUAUUGGAGUUGAUGUUGUGACCACCAAUAUGUACUCUACCUCGUGUGGCCGCUUCCUCCGCUAUGACAAUCUUCAUUGUCGUGGUUUUGCCAGCACCAUUGUGGCCUAACAAACCAAAUACCUCUCCCGGCUCGACCGCUAGUGAGAGAUUUCUUACAGCAACUUUUCGUUGUACUUGACUGGCUUCUUCGUCUUGUUUGGAGCAGCAACUACAGGAACCUAAUUCUCUGUAUCGGUACUCCUUUCUGAGGUUCUGUGGAAUGAACAAUGUCAAUUCAGUUACAGAAAUAAAGAAUUUCAAUGAUCCCUUGAAAUUCAUACCUGCACUAGAACUACAGGUGGUUCUUGAACAGAUGACGAAGUAAUGAGAUUAAAAACUUUUUGCCUCUCGGCUUUAACGUCAGCAUCCUCGUGUUCUCCAAUAUCCGCAUUUUCCAUUAUUUCCUCGCCCACAGAGCCACCAUUACGCUAUGAAUGCAAGAAAUAGUAUUCAAUGAUUUGCUAAAAGUUUACAAAAUACAGGAAGUAAAGUAGUGAUACUAACCAGGAAAUGCUUGAAAAUGUCUCUUACAUUGCCACCACUCUUUUUGGUAUCCAAUAUCAAAAGUAUAAAGAACCACACCGGGCAGUGCAGAAGCACCCCAAAGGCCAUUAUAAUUAUUUCUGUAGUUAGAUAAUCAGACAUGGUUAGAUGGUGGCAAGCGGCGUUGAUGGAGCACAUGAGGUGGACUCGUCCGACAUAAUACACAGCAGCAUAUGGCACGUAUAAUGUGUUUAUUAAAGAGAAGAUCACGUGCAGAACGAACGCUGCACCUGGAAGAUCAAUCAACGUUAUCAGGAAACCAAUCAUCGAGUCACGUUUGAGUAUUGCGAACAUUCCGACUACUAAUGUUACAAAACAUUAAGUGUAAAAUAAAUUAGUCAGUAUUAUUACUUACUAACACCCAGCAUGUCAAGACUCAUAACUAGUACAGAGGGUAUGGCCCCAAAUAAGGUGGCAAUAUUGGGUAGAAUACUUUGUGCAGAAUCCAUUUUGUCGAACAUGUAGCUGAGACACGUGGAGAAGAGCACGGAUGCUGGGCAAUAGAGCAUUAACAGACCGCUGAGGGUGAUGAUUGCUGGUAUCUCUUGAAGCGAAGGCACAUCGAAGAGGAAUAUGAUGCCGAGUAUGCAGAGACAGAUGAACGUCAUCAGGCCGACAAGUACAAUAAAGUAGGUCAGAAAGUAUAUCGAAAACGACAGACCAUUUACGCGAAGUUGAUUUUUCGCUUUUAUCUACGAAUAAACAACGUUAAACAUUAAAAACAUAUAUUGAUACGGCCGACACAUAGCACAGUUAAUACAUAUAUUAAUUAAUCUUACUUCCCGAUCGUAGACCAUAUCCACGACUAGAAUGAUUGGUAACAGGACAAAAUUCAUCCCAAUGAAUAAAGCAGUGCUGCCCGUACCGAUGUUAAACUCUUGUGGUUGGGACGUUUGUUGGAAGGGAUGGGUUUUAACCCUUAUUGACUCUAAUUUCUCCUUACCCAAGAGCAACCUAGUCAAGAGUAAUAAAUUUCAAGUGUCAAGAGCUCUUUUAGAAUGUUCACAACGUAUUUGAAAAUACACAGUCAUACCUAUGAUAGGUGUUGGACAGCAGGUUUAUUAAAAUCGGUAAAGAAUGUUGCAUAGUGUCAUUAUAAGCGACGGUCAAGUUAAUUUUGUAUUUGCUGUACUCGUUAACACUGAAGACAGCCGCGUGAGGUGCGACUUUUAAUAAAUUGGCGAAAUCCCCAUCGUAUUCUUCAAUGUAUCUGACAUCCUGACCUAUCCCAUCGAUCAAAGCCGUGAUAUCGUGAUCGGUAUUGUUGACGUACAAAAGUUUGGUCUCAUUGCCGUAGGUAUCUAUCGAGUAAGAAAACAUGGCGACUUGGAUCUUACAAAAUCUGUUAAAUGUCCUGAUAGAUUACAAAAGCGAUAUGACAUACCAGUGUUCAAUUUCAGAGAUUGCAUCUUGACCUCGACAGUUUGAAUGCUGUUCAAAUGCAGACCAAGAGCAACUAACAAAAGAGGCACAACGAUGGUGAAGUACAAAAACUGCAUGUUCCUGAAGAGCCUGAGUAUCCUUAGGCGAAGCAUAGCGUACAGGGUUUGUAGGAAGUUAGGCCGGAUCUUUAUGGGGUCUAAUCCGAGGCCGAGAACGGGGGGAUUUCUAUCGUUAUGGAUGCCGUCUGGUAACUCCCCUGAAAAUGGCGGAAACAAAUUCAUAUCCAACAGUUGAUUAGUAUUGCAUAUAUACUAAAAUGAAUUUACCUUUCGCUUGGCUGUCAUUCUGGACAGUGACGCCUUCGUUCUGCAAACUUUGAUAGGACGUGCUCUUAGACUGCAACGACAGCGAUCUGCUUAAUGCACGAUUGCGCACCAUUUUCUUGGAUAAAUUAUCCAUAGUGCACUCUGUGCCCUCGUCUUUCUCUAGGUGGAGAAAUACUUCUUCCAGAGUAGUCAUCGACACUCCGUAGCUAUUGAUACCUAAUCUACUCGCCCUGGUCUUGAUCUCGUGUUCUAUGGCUGAAAAAAGUGGCGCGAAAUUCUCCACGGAAUUAUGAGGCAAAAUGAAGCUCAAUUCUCGACCGUGGCGUCUCGCUUUCUCAGCCUUCGACACGUGAGAAAUUACCAGUCUGUUAAUGGCGGGCUCUCUUGCAUUUCCCUCGAGCACCAACCUGUAGCAAUUUUUAUUAUCUAUUUAAACAUACCAAACGAAACAUACGUUCUAUUAUUUUCAAUGUCGCUAGACUUACGUUAAAUGAUACCCGAUGCCAAAUUUAUUCUUCAAGAAUAAAGAACUACCGCAGCAUCGCAAUUUCCCUUUACUGAUCACUGCUUUCCUGUCCGCUAAUAUAUCAGCUUCGUCCAUGAAAUGAGUGGUCAACAAUAUUACUUUGCCAUGACGUCUAGACUGCAGGAAGGACCACAUCUGUCUUCUAGAGUAAGGAUCCACUCCGGCGGUGGGUUCAUCGAGGAUGAUAAUUUUUGGAUCACCGAUAAUGGCGAUACCUACGGACAAUUUCCUCUUCUGACCACCGCUUAAAUACUUUGCAAAGGUAUCCGCUUUCUCGGACAGGUCAAUGUCUUUUAAAGUUUUCUUCACCUAGCAACGAUUAUAAGAUGUAUUGUGACGUUAUGUCUACAUAAAUGUAGUUAGAAGAAUAUCAAGAGAGCGUACCUCAUGUUCUAUCAUUGAUCUAGGAAUUCCUCGUACAGCGGCAAAGAAUUCGAGGUGCUCCCGAGGAGUUAAGAGAUCGAAAAGAAUGUCAUGUUGCGGACAAACACCAGUCAUACUUCUGAUUAUUUGCAUGUCCUGGAAAUCCCUAACAUCAUAGCCGAAAAUUAAAGCGGUACCAGCAGUUGGUGCGGUUAAGCCAGUCAGUAUGUUAAAGAGGCUUGUCUUGCCAGCCCCGUUGUGACCGAGUAUCGCGGUUAUUUGUCCUUCAUAGAUCGUCAGAUUGAUGCCAUUUACAGCUUUAAUCUCUGGUUUACGACAUUUUUGGUAGGACUUGUAAAGGUCGACUAUCCUAAUGGCUUCGCGACCUUUCAUCUCCCUUACCACCGGUUCGACGUCACGGUUGGUUUCCUCACCCGGUAUGAAAGAAUUUGAUUCGCCAUUCGAUGACGGUACCUGCAAGUACGACUGUAAACCAAGGUUCCCUCUACUUUUUCUCUCCUGCUCCUUUUCGUACUGUGAACCCACCCGUGGAGUUUUCCUUUGGCACCAAUAGCCCGGCAAGAAGCAGAACCAGGGAUUUCUUUUAACUCCAUAUUCGCCUAGGGUUAAUUUAAUUAUGUUAUCAUUGAUAACGAUUAAACAAAGAAUAAAUGGGUAUACUUACUAGGUACGACGCAGUCGAAGUAAUAAGCUAAACAAGCAUACAAAAAGAUGUCUAAGGUCAUCAUAAUAAGACUCCCGCCAAAUGGUAUGCCGGGACCAGACCAAAGAUUAUCGAAGUUAACUCCUUCUCCUUGUAGGUCCAAUACGAGAGCCUGGAGAAAUAGCCACACGGUAUUAGUAACGAUUAUUUUGUUUAAUAUUGAAACAGAUUCGGUUUCAAUACAAACCUUAUCCAUUGCUAAAGCAACGCCUGUUGGACUGAGGAGCGAUACCACCCAAAAGUAAAUGGAACUGGAGUCGUUUACGAAAACUUGAAUGAAGUACAUGAGGCUUAGUAUCGCGACAGCAAAAUUGCCUAGCACACCGGCGGUCUAGAAAUUGGAAUGCUGAGUUAAGACUUGAACUGGUUAACUAAUUUGUUUGCAACUUGUUCGUCUAAUCGAUGCUCACCCGUGAUUUGUCAAAGAAAGGGGUUAUCAUGAAAGCAAACAUGAUUAUGGAGAAACUGUAGAGCACUACUAAAAGGAAUAUAGGUAAAAAGUGUGUAUGUUGGAACAUCUGAAGUGUAAAAAGUAGUAUGACCCCAACGACAGAAAGUAGCAAGACGAAAACACUGUAGAUAAUGAACCAUGACAACCUGUAACGAAAAAGAGAAUAGCGUUUUUACUUAUCCACAAACAUCAUCAACUUUCCAUGUAAACUUUUGUCUAGCAAUUCAUGCAAAAUACAUAUUCGUCGAAACAUGCAUGCUCAUUGGAAAAAGAAAAAAUCUAUCAGUCUCUCAAUCACACUCUACCAUAAACCUACCAAAAGACAGAAUCUCUUAGGCCCAUUAUCUUCAUUCCUUCCUUGAUCUUUUUCUCCUUUUCACCGACUAUCAGGAUCAGGAGGUAAGUGACGAAUUGUGAGAUAGCCAGUACCAUACAGAGAGGUAUAACAACUCUAAAGGCCAGCAUCCAGUCUAAAUAAAAGAUAUUCUUAGAAGUGUGCCCACGAAACAAAGAAAACAUAUUCUUCAAGUAUAAAUUUCAUUCCUAAACCUAUUGCUUUUCUUCUAUCUUUGUUAAUCUACUAUGUUCCUUCUAGCAUUAAUCAGAUAGCUUUCGUUACUCAACGUGCAGAAAUAACAAUCAAUUGUUUGUAGAAUGUCCUCUAUAGUUACCUGCAGUGAAAGCUUCCUUUGGGAACAUUUCCAGCUGAACAUCCGGCACGGUUACAUCUGUGUUCCCUGUGUCUAGCUGUAAAUUACCAACACACACGAUUCCAUUAAUAUCUUACAAUUUUUUUUGGUGUACGUACGAAGUAAAUGUAAAGCUUCAAGGCCAAGAUGGUAAGCUUUUUUAAAAAUCCCUCUGGGAUGACAAACUACAAUAACACUGGAUAAGAAUAAAUAUCGUGGUACAUACUCUUAUCUUUGUAAUAUCCAUUAUCAACUGCAACGCCAAGAAUCCAGAGUGCAGAUAAUUAUUCACGGGACAUGAUCCACCAGUCUCUAUCGACAAUGCGCCUCCUAUCCAAUGGCUGGUGUCCUUUCGACAGUUAAUUGAGGCGGAAUACAGUUCGGUCGGUGAGGGUGGAUUCGUGUAUAAUGGAUUAGUUCUUAUCUCAUACCUAGAACGUAACAUAAAAGCGCAAUUAGAAUUUAGCUAACAUGUGAAGCUUAAUUAUCCAAGUUCCAAGUCUUGAUGCAUAAUCUGUGGACAUAUGUAAUUUUAUUCACUUAUAACAAAAAUGAGCAAAUGAAAGGCAAAAUAAUGACUAAACUGGUCAAAGAAGGAAACACAUUUCUAUUAAGCUACUGUUUUCUGCAGUCUACUUAUAAUAUGUAUACGUAUAACUCGAAUUGUGUUCUUGGGAACCAUUGACUUCCUCAAACAUGUUGAAGAAAACAUUUUGAUUAUCAACAUAAGACUCCGCAUCAGCGUCAUCCUUUUCUGAUUACAGUAAUAUUCUACUAUUAUCUUACAAAAGCCGCUGAGAUAUAGGCUGCGAAUCCUCGAAGAUCACGGCUAGAGGUAUACUGUAGGGAUCUCUCCAGUAUGCAGCCUGCAGGUCGUCCUUCGUGUCGAACACUAUGAAAUUCAGGGGUAGCUUGCCAGGAUGAUCCCACAUCGACAACCACAGGGUAUUCAUCGAAUUCAAGAAGGUCUGAAAUCGAACGGACGAUUAGGGGAACCAUUCGAGUACCAUGAUCCGGAAGAAGAGCAUAAAACGAUCCGCAAAUACGUACCAAAGUUUCUGUCGAGUUUGGAACAACGGCAAUCGUGUUGUUCUUGUAUCCAUUGAACGCCUCGAACAGACCACCCUCUUGCCUCUGCGUCAUCAUCGCGGGGUAAUUCGGGUUCGGGGGUAACACUUUCAGCACGAUCAAAAUGCCCAGAGUGCAAAGGGGCAAGAAGAUCUCCUGUAAAAGUCAAUUUUCACCACCGUUACGCAUUUGCAUCCUCUGGAAAAUUUGGAAAAUUUUUUUCACAUUGCUUUGAAACACUCGCGACAAGCGUAACAUAUUUACAUGACCUGUUAAUAUUUUAACGGAUCGUUUAUUGCUUCGCUUUUUUUCAAAUUUUAAGCAACAGUUCUAUUGAGAUUUUUUUUAACAAUUUAACUACGUUUUUCUGUUUACGUACAAAACUUCACAAGCUGGAGACGCGUAGAAAAAUUUUGCAGCGUAAAACGGGAAACAAGAGGGCACUUCAGCGCGCGAGGGUGGAAAACGUUUCAGAAAAGGGACACCGGCAUUAAUAAAAAAGGAAGGGAGAACGAUGAUGUAUGCAAAGGGAACGCAGUAGCUUUUUGUCAGCCACAAUUGAUAGUUGGUAAUACACAUUACGAAAUUCUAUGGGAUUAUCUCGAUUCGAAAUUGCCGGGGUACCGCUGAAAGGGAACUCCCCUGUGCAUGUAUAACAAUUAACCCACCUGCACGGUCUCCCACACCUGUCGUACGACCGAACCUGCGCAACCGUUCGAUACAACCCCCUGGCCAGAGGAUACGCCGGUCUUCGGUUUGAUAUUCGGUCACCAUGGCGAUCAACAACCGGCUGAACCAGUCACACCUGGGCCGACUGCCCUCGAUUCGUAGGAUCCAACGGACUCAACCUCUGCUCGCGAAUUUUCGACCGAAUUCUCAACAUCGUGGAGAAGAGGAUUCGAUUUUCAGGAGAUGAAAGAUUCGCAACAUCUCCAGUGUCAGCCGGGGCUUAAUUCGAGAACAAGAGGAGGGGGCGCGACGGGGUUGCCGAUCGAGCGAAUGCAAAUCCGGGGACACCGUUAGAAGCGGGUGCGAAGAUAAAGUGGUGCCAAUGUCUUUUUUCGUGGACGUCGUUACCGAGGACGCGUUCUACGAGAACCUCACGCUGGGCGUGGUGAAGGUCCUCGAGAACGUGCCGUACGUGAAGAACGUGCGAGUCGAUAGGAGGAACGGAUGCGAGGCCACCGCCAUCGCCAACUGGGAACAACGGCAUUGUUGCGUGCUCCCCGAAGAUCUUAGGAACUUCUACCUCUCGAUCGACGGUUUCCAGCUUCUUUGGAACCUCGAGAUAGCAGGCGAGGAGUUCUCGGUGGGCCGCAUGGAAAUAAGCAGUUUCUCCUCUCUGAAACGGUAUUCCGCCAGCAAGGAACCGCAACCGGACUGUUCCAAGUCGGAGUCCUCCGAUGCGGGAGCAGAGGUCGACUCGAAGAGCACCGUGGACCUUGAGAACGCGGUUUCGCCCUCGGCGGAGAACCCGCGGGGUUGCAAGAUGUUCGAGAUUAGUCAGUGCUACCCGCAGGGCGGAAAGGCGAAGGUCUAUCUGGUGUACAGGGCGAAGCCGGACCAAGAGAGCCCGAGCAUCUGGCUGCAUCGCGAGGACACGGAUCGAUGGUACCAUCUGGCCGAUACUUUCACCGUCUACUUCCGGAUGAUGCUGGUCCAUCUAGGUCUGCCCUUGUGGCAGUGCUGCGUCACCGGGCUCAGCCUGCCCACCUGGGUCGAGCAGGUCUAUUUUCUCGUCGGUCCGCACCUGCUGCCAUCCACUAUCGAUCCCACCGAGACCAUCUCCACCGCCAUGUGGAACAACGGGCCCACCAACGUCAUCGAUCCAGGGAUCUUCAGGGGCAAGGAGAGCAAACAGAAGAUCCCCAGGAAGAAAUAAUCCAGUAAAUUUUAAACCUUGGUGAACUCUUUUAGAGACAGUGAACGAACAUUUACUCUUGUACUGAUUACUAGACUGCGAUUGAGACUAAAUAGCAAGUUUAUUCUUUCUUUAA